AUGUUGAAAAUGAAACAUGACCUUGGAAGACGUAAAAAACUCAAUUCUGGCGGGAAAAAUGGCACUGCGAUAGGUAAUGAUGGUUCUGCAGGCGCUGUUGGGGGCGCGAAUACUCCUGCUCUUACAGGGCCUGGCUCGGCUGGGGAUGAUGGUGGUGAAGUUGCAGGGCUAACAGCAGGUAUCUCGGGGAGCUCUGUCGGGACGGAUCCAGACUCAGAAACAACUUUCCUUGCCUUCGCAAUUAUUUUUAACAAGUUGAAGAACCCAAGUGCUCAGGAGCGUUCUGCAGCGUCAUUUGAAUUGAAAAACAGCAUGGUUUCUCUUGCGCGUCAGGUUUCAACGGAGCAGUUCCAAAGAUUCAGCAAUGAUAUCAACAACAAGAUUUUUGAGCUCAUACAUGGCUCAUCUUCUUACGAGAAAUUUGGUGGUAUUUUGGCAGUUGAUACGCUUAUCGACUUCUACGCACAGUCUGAUGAGCUUCCCAAUCAAACGUCAAGAUUGGCCAAUUAUCUUCGCGUUUUAGUUCCAUCUAACGAUGUUGAAGUUAUGCGUGCAGCAGCUGCAACAUUGGGGAAAUUAGCUAUUCCUGGGGGGACACUGACAUCUGACUUUGUUGAGUUCGAAGUCAAGACGUGUAUAGAGUGGCUGACGACGUCUCCCGAAAAUUCUUCGUCCAAUUUUAAACAAGAACUUCGUAAGCACGCGUCACUUCUUAUUAUAACCGCGAUCGCUGACAACUCACCCUACUUAUUGUAUCCAUACAUCAAUUCCAUUUUGGAUAACAUCUGGAGGGCCUUACGGGAUACCAGACUUGCCAUUCGAGUUGAUGCGGCUAAAACUUUGUAUAAGUGCAUGGUCAUUAUUCAAGAUAGGGAUGCGAAACUCACAAAAAAAUGGUUUCAAAGGCUGCUCGAAGGCUGUGCUUAUGGUUUACAGCUGAAUGGCAUCGAGGCCAUACAUGCCACACUUUUAGUUUACAGACAGCUAUUAUCUUUGAAGGGCACCCACUUACAAGAACAAUUUGAUGAAAUUUAUGAAAUGACAAUGAGAUACAAAGACCACAAAUCCAGUGUUAUCCGCAAAGAAGUAUACGCAAUUUUACCACUGCUAGCUGCUGCUGACUCUCAGCUAUUCACCGACAAGUACUUGGACCACAUAAUGAUUCACUAUCUAACUCUUCUGAAGAACGCGACUCCGACUAAUAACUCUGACAAGGCAGCCAUUUCUGUAUCAAUUGGUGAUAUAGCCCAAGAAGUUGGUCCAAACAUCGCACCUUACAUGGAUUCUAUCCUUGAUAAUGUGCGGGAUGUAUUAAUGACAAAGUUCAAACUUAGAAAAGAAUUUGAAGCAGAAGUCUUCUAUUGUGUCGCAAAAUUGGCAUUCGCAGUAGGACCAGCGUUGGCAAAAUAUCUGAAUCAAGACCUACUUGAUCUCAUGCUAGCCUGUCCUUUAUCUGACCAUAUGCAAACAACAUUGUCGACUAUUGUGGAGAAAAUUCCUGCCUUAGGGCCCAAGAUCAACGAAAAAGUUCUUGAUAUGCUUUGUUUUACGCUGUCGGGCGAGAAGUUCAGACCACCGGGCUCUCCAAUUCCAUUGCAACCCUUCAAUGCUGAAAGGGCGAGACAUUAUCGAGACCAGCUCAUUAUGAGAAAAACUGGGGAACUGAAUGACGACAUUUUCGACGUAAACAUACUGAACCAAGCCUUGACCAUGCUACACAAGAUCAACUAUAAAUACUCCCUUGCCGACUUCGUGAGAUUAAUAACAAUUUCUUACAUCGAGCACGGAAACCCGCAAGUGAGGAAACUCGCCGCCCUCACAUCGUGUGACCUCUUUGUAAAGGAUAGCAUCUGCAGUCAAACCUCUCUUAGAGCUCUCAACACGGUAUCUGAGGUUUUGAGUAAGCUGCUAACAAUUGCUAUCACUGAUCCUGUCGUGGAAAUAAGAUUCGAGGUUUUGAGACAUCUUGACACAACCUUCGAUCCUCAACUUUCCCAGCCUGACAAUGUAAGAUUGCUAUUUAUGGCACUAAAUGACGAAGUAUUCGCCAUUCAAAUGGAGGCCAUGAAAAUCAUUGGGAGACUUUCUUUGGUGAAUCCGGCAUAUGUCAUUCCGUCCUUAAGGAAAACUUUACUGCAACUUUUAAGUCAGCUCACUUACUCUAACAUGUCCCGGAAAAAAGAGGAAAGUGCAUCUUUGAUAAGUACCCUAAUCAGUUCAAGUCAAGAUGUCACGAAACCAUACAUUGAACCGAUCCUGGACGUUCUUUUACCCAAAUGCCAAGACACCUCGUCUGCAGUAGCGUCUACUGCUUUGAAAGCGGUGGGUGAAUUAUCAGUUGUUGGAGGGGAAGCGUUAACGCCGUUCUUGAGCCAACUAAUGCCUUUGAUUAUAAACACAUUCCAGGACCAAUCAAAUUCAUUCAAACGUAACGCUGCCCUCAAAACCCUGGGCCAGUUGUCUGCUUCGUCGGGCUAUGUGAUCGAACCCUUACUGAAUUACCCCCAGUUGCUGGGCGUAUUGAUUAACAUCCUGAAGUCAGAGAGUUCACAGAGUAUCAGGCGAGAAACCGUGCGUUUGAUCGGCAUUUUAGGUGCCUUGGAUCCUUACAAACAUCGCGAGGUGGAAAGAACGUCAAACACUAAUAUUACAGCAGAGCAAAAUGCUCCGCCCAUUGACGUAGGUCUGCUCAUGCAGGGGAUGUCGCCGUCAAAUGACGAGUAUUAUCCCACAGUAGUCAUAGCCACGUUAAUGAAAAUUCUAAAAGAUCCAUCCCUCUCAUCUCACCACACUUCAGUAAUACAAGCGGUGAUGCAUAUAUUUCAGACUUUGGGAAUUCGGUGCGUGUCUUUUCUAAAGCAAAUCAUACCGGGAAUAAUAAAUGUCAUGCGAACUUGUCCUCCUUCGCUUUUGGAGUUUUAUUUCCAGCAACUGGGAGUGUUAGUUUCUAUUGUGAAUCAACACAUAAGACCUUUUGUGGAAGAAAUUUUUGAGGUAAUAAGAGAAUUUUUCCCAAUAGUGAAGCUUCAAAUUACCAUCAUAACAGUUAUCGAGUCUAUCUCGAAGUCCCUGAAAGGUGAAUUCAAGCUUUUCCUUCCAACCACUUUAGUUCUCUUCCUCGAUGCCUUGGAAAAAGACAAAUCAAACAAAAAAGUUGUUUCCGUUAGAGUACUAAAAUCUUUGGUGGUAUUCGAUGCUAAUCUGGAUGAAUUUGCACACUUGAUCAUCCCUGCUAUAGUGCGGAUUGCUGAAUUCGGUUCUGGUUCUUUGAACAAAGUGGCAAUCGUCACACUGGGAAGACUGGCCAAAACUGUGAAUCUGUCCGAAAUGUCGUCUAGAAUUGUUCAGGCUUUGAUUCGCGUACUCAAUAAUGCGAGUGCCGAUUUUGUCAGAGCGACAAUGAACACAUUGAGUCUUCUGCUUCUUCAACUGGGCGUCGACUUCGCUGUGUUCAUCCCUAUAAUCAACAAGACUUUGGUGAAGAAUCACAUUCAACACACAAUAUAUGAUCAACUGGUCAAUAAGCUGCUCAACAAUGAGUCUCUUCCAACAAACAUUAUCAUUGAUCGUGAUUUUGACGUUGUCAGUAAAGAGGUUGCCGAAGUUGAACUUCCGUCUAAAAAACUUCCUGUCAAUCAACUCAUUCUCAAAAACGCAUGGGAUUGCAGCCAACAGAGGACCAAGGAAGAUUGGCAAGAAUGGAUACGGCGCUUAGCAGUACAGUUACUAAAAGAAUCGCCCUCUCACGCCCUCAGGGCAUGUUCGGGACUAGCCGGAAUAUACUACCCCCUAGCCAGGGAGCUAUUUAAUGCAUCCUUCGCUAGCUGCUGGACAGAACUUUACACACAAUAUCAAGAAGACCUCGUGAGUUCUUUAUGUCUGGCGCUUUCGUCCCCGAAUAAUCCACCUGAAAUUCAUCAGACUCUACUAAAUUUGGUAGAGUUUAUGGAACACGAUGAUAAAUCUCUUCCUAUUCCAGUAUCAACCUUGGGCGAGUAUGCACAAAAAUGCCAUGCUUAUGCCAAAUCACUUCACUAUAAGGAACUGGCAUUCAUACAAGAGCCAAGUACAUCAACAAUUGAAUCUCUGAUAAGCAUAAACAAUCAAUUACACCAGACAGAUGCAGCUAUAGGUAUUUUGAAACACGCCCAGCAACACCACAACCUUCAGCUAAAAGAAACGUGGUAUGAAAAGCUGCAAAGGUGGGAAGAUGCCCUUAGCGCUUACAAUGAGCGUGAGCGCGCUGGAGAAGACACGAUAGAGGUCCGUCUGGGUAAAAUGAGAUCACUUCAUGCUUUGGGUGAGUGGGAUCGUUUAUCUGCGCUAGCUGCUGAAAAAUGGAGCACGUCGAACACUGAAAUAAGAAGAGUCAUAGCUCCGCUAGCAGCAGGUGCCGCUUGGGGUUUGGCCCAGUGGGAUAUCAUCGAUCAAUAUAUUGAUGCGAUGAAACGGCAGUCUCCGGAUAAAGCUUUUUUUGAUGCAAUUUUGUGCUUGCACAAAAACGAUUUCGAGCAAGCGGAAACUCAUAUAUUCGAAGCUAGAGAUCUUUUGGUUACAGAAAUUUCAGCUUUGGUCAACGAGAGUUAUAAUAGGGCUUACAGUGUAAUUGUUCGCUCUCAAAUGAUUUCUGAGCUCGAGGAAAUAAUUGAAUAUAAGAAACUCCCCCCUGCGUCAGAAAAAAGGGCAGCUAUACGGAAGACAUGGAACAAAAGACUCCUUGGAUGUCAAAAGAACGUUGACGUUUGGCAAAGAAUUUUAAGGGUGCGAUCACUGGUAGUAAAACCAAAGCAAGAUAUGCAGGUGUGGAUCAAGUUUGCUAAUCUCUGCAGAAAGUCAGGAAGGAUGGGGUUGGCGCAAAAAGCAUUAAAUUCGCUUUUGGAAGAUGGUGGAGACCCGGAUCAUCCAAAUACUGCAAGGGCCCCUCCUCCAGUCGUUUAUGCCCAGCUGAAAUAUAUGUGGGCAACAGGGUCACAGAAAGAAGCUCUACGCCACCUUAUAAGCUUCACUUCGAGAGUCGCUCAUGAUCUCGGUUUGGACCCUAGUAACAUGAUCGCUCAAAGUAUUCCGCAAAGUAGUACGAUACCUGCUCAUCACAUUGAGGAGUACACGAAGCUACUAGCUCGCUGCUUCUUGAAACAAGGUGAAUGGAGAGUUUCAUUACAAAGUAAUUGGCUCAUGGAAAACCCAGACGCCAUUUUAGGUUCCUAUCUACUAGCCACACAUUUUGACAAUAAGUGGUAUAAAGCAUGGCACAACUGGGCUUUGGCUAACUUUGAUGUCAUUUCUGUAACUUCGAGGAUGAGCGAAGACAAAACUCGCCAAAAUGGUAAAAACCAACCCAGGCUUAACGACAGUGCGAUUCAGGAUUCUGAGAGCUCUGUAAUCAUGGGUGUGGAACCCAGUAUUGGUACCAGCAACAAUUAUCCGCCGGAACUUGUACAGAGGCACGUUGUACCUGCCAUAAAGGGCUUUUUUCACUCAAUUUUACACUCUGAAUCAAAUUCCCUUCAGGAUACUUUAAGGCUUUUGACCCUAUGGUUUAAGUUUGGUGGUAUUCCUGAAGCAGCACAGGCUAUGCAUGAGGGAUUCAAUUUGAUAAAGAUCGAUAAUUGGCUCGACGUUGUCCCACAAUUAAUCACCCGCAUUCACCAACCAAACCAGAUUGUUAGCAAAUCUUUACUGUCUCUGCUCUCAGAUCUUGGGAGAGCCCAUCCGCAAAAUUUGGUGUACCCACUAACUGUUGCCAUCAAGUCUGAGUCGGUAUCGCGCCAGAAGGCAGCAUUGUCAAUUAUUGCGAAAAUGAGAGUUCACAGUUCUGUACUGGUGGACCAAGCCGAGAUGGUCAGUCAUGAACUUAUUCGCGUCGCUGUGUUGUGGCAUGAACAAUGGUAUGAAGGCUUAGAAGAUGCUAGUAGGCAGUUUUUUGGAGAGCACAACACCGAAAAAAUGUUUGCAACCUUGGAGCCACUUCAUGAAAUGCUUUCAAAAGGCCCCACAACUCUACGAGAGAUUUCCUUCCAAAAUUCGUUCGGGAGAGAUUUGAAUGAUGCCUACGAGUGGGUAAUGAACUACAAGCGCAACAAAGAUAUCACCAAUUUGAAUCAAGCAUGGGAUAUUUACUAUAAUGUCUUUCGCAGGAUCAGUCGCCAAUUACCUCAGCUUCAAACACUGGAACUCCAGCAUGUUUCACCAAAACUGCUGGCAGCGCGUGAUUUGAAGCUGGCUGUAGCUGGUGCUUAUCAAGCUGGUAAACCUGUGGUUCGCAUAUCGUACUUCGAACCGGUCUUUUAUGUGAUCUCUUCGAAGCAAAGGCCCCGGCGGUUAUCUGUGAGGGGCAGCGAUGGAAAAGACUAUCAAUAUCUUCUAAAGGGCCACGAGGAUAUUAGACAAGAUAACCUGGUUAUGCAGCUGUUUGGCUUGGUCAACACCCUGCUACAAAAUGACCCCGAGUGCUUCCAAAGACAUUUAGACAUUCAGAGAUUCCCGACGAUCCCACUGUCACCCAAAUCGGGGUUGCUGGGCUGGGUCAACAACAGUGACACAUUCCAUGUUUUAAUUAGAGAGCAUCGUGAAGCUAGAAAAAUUCCGUUAAACAUCGAACAUAGAAUUAUGUUACAAAUGGCGCCUGACUAUGAUAACCUUACAUUAUUACAAAAAAUCGAGGUAUUCACCUAUGCUUUGGAUAACACGCGAGGGCAAGAUUUGUACAAAGUCCUGUGGCUAAAAAGCCGGUCAUCUGAGUCUUGGCUGGAACGCCGCACGACCUAUACCAGGUCUUUGGCGGUGAUGUCGAUGGUGGGUUACAUUUUGGGUCUUGGUGAUCGUCAUCCAAGCAAUUUGAUGCUUGACCGCAUAACAGGGAAAGUUGUCCACAUUGACUUUGGGGACUGCUUUGAAGCCGCCAUUUUAAGAGAAAAAUACCCGGAGAAGGUUCCAUUCAGAUUAACUAGAAUGUUGACGUAUGCUAUGGAGGUGAGUGGUAUUGAGGGUAGCUUCCGCAUCACCUGCGAAAACGUUAUGAGAGUUUUGAGAGAUAACAAAGAAUCGCUUAUGGCAAUAUUAGAGGCAUUUGCGUAUGAUCCCCUGAUUAACUGGGGGUUUGACUUGCCCACUCAGGCCAUUGCGGAACAGACAGGCACCGAAUUGCCAUUGGCUAACCCUAGUGAGCUUUUGAGGAAGGGCGCGAUUUCCGUUGAAGAGGCCGCUAAAAUGGAGAUCCAGCAAAAAGUGGAAAUCAGAAACGCGAGGGCUAUGCUUAUCCUGAAGAGAAUCACUGAUAAACUGACCGGGAACGAUUUCCGAAGGUUCCGCGGAUUGGAUGUUCCAGAUCAAGUCGAAAAACUAAUUCAGCAGGCUACAUCAGUAGAAAAUCUGUGCCAGCAUUACAUCGGGUGGUGUUCAUUUUGGUAG